AGUACACAUAUCAUGAUCCUUGGCCGUCCUUGGUGGUCAGACUACGGGAAUCGGCGCUUCUUGCUCCCAUCCAACAAAGACUGGCAGCAGUUUGUCGUGGAUCAACGAUUGGAGCAGGAUCUCAGUUUAGGCUAAACGGCCAGAACUGUCCAGAACCGGGUCCAAGCCGAACUAUCUGCACCCAUGACGCAUAGUGCAGCAACAACCGCCAUGCUUUCCACCUCGGCUUUCCGGCAGCUGCAAGAGCGUAGACUUUCAGCUCCCGAGGCGCAACAACAUUGCCCAUACUCUGCGAGCCUUCUCAGCGUCGUCCGCAGCUCAAGCUUGCAUGCAAAGCAUCCAGCUACCACCUACCAGUACAGUUCAGAAUACAACAACACUCUAGAGUCCAAGCACGUCUUUACACUGUCUUCUCCAUCUCCAGCUGCCUCAACUUUUCACUCAACGCUUUCUCCUCCAUCUCAUCCUCCCGCCUCGCCCUUCGUCCUGUCGGGCUCCAUACAGUCACCGCCUGCGGGCCCUUGGCAGCCUUUGGCGGCGUCGUCAGAGAAGGCAGAUGUGAUGUGGGAGUGAGGGGAGAUAUGGCUGGGUUCGGCGUGGUCGGUCUCGACCGGGAGAGGAUGGAUGUGGUAGACGGAGGUAGGGGUACGGUUGGGGACCGGGGAGACAAUCCUUUCAGAGGCGGCAUGCAGACCUUCCCGCCUUCUUCUAACAUUUCCCAGUCUGCCCUGAUGGCAUUCCACUUUUCCUCUACAGUCUCCACCAACAGUCCUGACGACCGCCGCUUGAUUUGCUCGACAUCCAGACUCGGCUCAAUCAUCUGUUCCGUCCGUUCUACCCUCAUCUUCUCGUCCUUCUCCAAGGGCGAUAUCGAAAAGAUGACUCGGAGCGACUUGGUCACAUAGUAGGACAGCACCGGCGGCCCGCCAUCUGGACAAGGCCGUGAGAGACAGAUGAAUUGAAGCUGGAUAGCGUACCGCAGCACCUCCUUCUCUCCUUCCACCCUGCUCUCAUGCCCCACAUAGCUAUCCUCCCUCAAGAGCAAUCGCCCCCCCACCGGUACUCUCCGUAGGUCGUAGGGUACGAGAAACACCUUGGCAGCAGCACUCGGUUCGGGCGUCUUGAUCAGGAUCUGCAGUUGACCUCGGCGGGCGACACGAUAGCCCGGAAAGACGGGCGGCGGUCCAGCCGGUACUUUCGUCCUUUCCUGCAGCGGCAGCCCCACAGUUGAAUACGACUCGAAAUACCACCUCUGCACAUCGACACUCCCCACCCACGGCGUCUUGCCCUGCGGACCACUCGCAUCCUCGUCACCGAGGUCGUAGUAGAACGCUUCGAAUGGUACGACGACAUGUGCCGGGCAGCGUAAUUCUUUGGGGCAAGUCUUACCCUUGCCCACUGCGCCUAGAUGGAGGGUGAAACCAGGCGUGGGCUGGUGUGGCCGAUGACCACACAUGCGGGCGUGCAACAGGGACAAAGUGUAUGAGCCCAAGAGGGGCUGAGAGCGGGAAAGGGGUGAAGGGUUUAUGGAGCUACCGCCGGUGGGUGGCGAGUGUGGUAUCGGGGUGGAGGAUCUGCCAGGAGACGGGGUGAAGGGAGGUACAGAGACCAUAGAUGAGGCCGUGGAAGAGCCAUGGAUGGAUAUGGGACGUGGGGUCUGGCCUUGCGAUGAGCGGCGGUUGAUGCGUACGGAUGGGGACGGGGUGCGGGUAGGAGCGUAGAUGGGAGGGCGGGAGAGGGGCGAGGUGGCGGUGGGCGAUGGCUGUAGCAGAUUGGAGCUCGUCGUGCAGGUCAUGACGACGUGGAAGAAUGCAAAAGAUGUAACAUUCCCAUCCAUCUCAUCUCGC